AUGUUGGUGGAGAAGAAUUCAACCAUACGUCACCGUUCCCUUCCUGUCGGAUUAAAGUCUCUGUUCAAGGAUUUGAGUGGCUACUAUACAACAAGACUGCAGCAUAUGAUCAUAUCAUUUCCCAAAUGCAGGCCAAGGCAUCCCCAAGUCCGGAGGUCUCGGAACCUCGCAGAGGUGUUUUCUCGUACUUCAGGAGCUGAAGGGUUGGGUCUCUACCCACCUCCUGCACUGGCAAAUAUCAAAGCCCCUCCCAUCAUUCAUGCUGCACUGGCGUGGAUUAAACGUCAGACGCCCUACCUGGAUCCGAAUGACAUUUUACCGAUUGCACUCGAAAUGUCCAAGGUUGCCAUCACUUGCGGUAAUCCUUCGACACCAAGUCUGUUGGUCGCAGAGUGUCAUAGAGUGGAAGGCACGUUUGGGAUUGUCCAGGCGAGGUCGAAGUGCGACCUCUAUAAACAACUUUUGAAUCUGAAACUCCAGAAAGUGCUUGUACAACUUGUUGAGAAUGACAACUACCAGGGUAGCAUGUCUAUGAUAGGGCAUCGUAUUCGCGAGAAUGCAGAAUCAUCGAGUCGGUUCCUAGAAUUAAUUCCUUUGGGUUAUCUUCCAUUCCGGGCAUUCUCCAGAGUUUGGAAAGGACUGAAGUUAUAUACGUCUGGCCAUGGCUCGUCCGUUCACGACCGCCGUGCAGCUGAAAAGAGUCCUGGGCCUAUGCCAAGCAGAAAAUCAACCAAGAGCAUUGAUGAGGAAACACCUGUUGGCGCUGACUUUACUGCUCUAGAGUAUGCUAUUGAACGGCGGAUUAUCGAAGCCCCCAUUCUGGAGCUAUCAUAUUACACAGACGUCGUCGGCGAUGUGCCUGUUGCACAGGAUGGUCCAAGGGGUAUGGGAUUGGAAUCCUAUGACAUCGGCAAUGGUGACCUGCCUCCUGAGUGGGGUGUAGAUCUGGUAAUAAGAAAAGGGACCAUUCGCUAUGGACCAUGGGCUGAUCGUCAACGUGUUCAUCUGCAACGGACAUUUUUCCCAUCAACGUAUCACGACUUGGAGGUGUCAAAACACCUUAAGCCAGGAGAUAAACGUACUUGGACUGCAAUGAAAGUGUUUAUCGAACUUCGUGAUAAGACAGUACUGUAUGUUCCUUUCCGAGAGCCUUCAAAGAACUGGCAAUGGGAUGGUGUCAACGACUAUCCGCGUCCAAGGAAGCGUGACCACGCAGCUCUUCAUUGCACGGCAGGUGACAGUUCCUCCAUUAGCUACCUUCUGCCUAUGGUCACAGGACCCGACGGAUAUGAACCCCGUCUGGAGGUUCAUCUUGAUACAGUUUCUGUAACGUCGAGCCUUAACGAUAUCAAGCUCAUUGAGGCCGAGUCGUGUCGCUGUUCGUACAUGUCCUACUAUCCCACGGAGAUCAUACUAAAAACCAUUCAGGUUCAUGCGUCAUUUCCGUCACCCCUUGUAUGGAAUGCCGAGCGUCGUUGGCCAUUCUCCAUAUCUCUUCGUCAACCGGUUAUAUACCUCUUGCGAGACCACGUCAAUAUGUUCACUGAUUUGACGCGGGACUGGACCUUUGGGCCGCCUACCGAAUGGAAUCUUUUUGUGCCGACUAUUUAUGUGCUCGAGCUUGAUCUGCAUCACUUUGAGCUCAAUCUAUAUGCCAACGACCAGAACAUCAUCGACAAGCCUCUGGUUAAGGGGGAGAACACGUUGGUGACGAUCCGUGCACCGCGUUUCAACAUUCAAGUUAGCUUCCCAUCAAAUAAAUAUCGACCCGAGGCGACGUCUAUUCCAUUCGUUGUCGAUGUUCCAGAUGUAAACGUUUCUCUCUCUUUGCCGAGGUGGAAUACACAGUGCCUCUACAACUCAGGGAAAGAACAUCGUAUAAUCCAUGCAGUAACCUUUCGCAUCACGUCAUCGUAUUACUUCUGGGCUGAUGUUCAAGCUGACAACAUUGAUCAGUUAAAACUCACUGUUGAGUCGCCUUACAAGGCCCUCGGAUGGUCUGUCAGGUACUUGAUGGUACUUCGGGACAAUUAUUUUGGAUCUUUCACCCACUUCUCUACGCUCGUGGAGUAUCUUGAAAAACGGAGCAGAUUUAAUUUGAUUGGAGAUCCACUGGAGAUGAAGCAUCGGCCAGGCAAAUCAAACUCCCUACAGGUUCAGGUAUCGAUACAAUUGCAGUCCGGGAUAAUGCUUUUACCUGCGGGUUUACCUGGCUACGAAGUGCGUGUUGCAAGCGACAGAUCAUGCGAUGAUAUUGGCGCAUCUACAGUCAUGGCGUGUUCAGUUCUUCAACUGGAUUUACGACUGCAUGACUAUUUCAUAGGACUUUUCGGGCCACAGCCGCGUACUCGUACAUAUGUAUGUGUUUGGGAAAUCGCAGUCGGACCAGUCAAGGCUCUAUUAACAUCUCAUGAUGCUCGAAUCAUGUUGGCAUCUAUGGAUGCGGUCCGUCUUAAUUACACGGACCUUGCCAACGCUCCCGCGACCGAGUUCGGAGUACCCGCAGAUCCGGAUGUCACUUUCAUCAGAUUCUCAGCUAGCCAUGUCGACGUCACUUGGUCUGCUGGUGCAACAGCCGUAAACCUGUCAAUUCCUUCGGGCUUCAGUGUGCAUACCAAUGAUCUGGAAGGCCAAUUUUGCGGCAAGCUCACGAGCGUCAGACUUCCCCUCGCGUUACUGAAGAUUCUGCUGUCAUCGAGGGAUUCGAAGACAACCUGGUGUGAGGCGGCUGACCUGUCUACAGACAUCAACCUGGAUAUAUACAGAUCCCCAAAGAUCCGCAAUCCAUCACAGAUGGAUUUCAUGAAGGGACAAGAUGAGCUGACACGUCGGGCACAACAUCUACUUGAUGAAGUAGAGAGGUCACCAUCGCAAUGGACUUAUCUUCCUCCUCCACGCCUCCCACAUUUCUGCAGAGCCAAACCACACCCUCCAGCACCGCUCACAAGCCCUGCACACUCCAAGAGCACGGCUGCAUGGUGGCCUCGUCUUUCCUAUCUCUCAGAAUCCGACGGAGAGGAGAAUAUAUCCGAGGCAGAUCGUGAUGCACGUCUGGCGAGAAGUCGACUUGCGCCACCGACCGCUGUCGUCGACGACAUCUCUGUGUCAGGGGAGGAGUCAGAUGACGAGGACCUAACAGAUACCGAAUCCUCAGUAAGCGGCUGGUCCUCGACUAGAUCCGCAACUCAAAGGCACUCGCUGAUCCAGCGCUACCGUCGUGUCACUAGGUGGUACCAGAGUAUCAACUUGGACGACAUCAACAGCUGGGAGGACUCGCCCUUCGUUAUAACUAAGGAACCUAGAAUUACAACUCCAAAGGACAAGCCUUCACCCAGAAUACGACCGAUGGCACAAGCCAAUGAAAGAACAAGCUCUGUCCACUCUACAACUUUUCGCAUACAGUGCAAAAGGGAGAUCGCGGUUCGAUUAACUCCCUUGGCUCUCAUGGGAAUCCGAGAUAUGAUUGAAGACCUGCAGUCGCGACGGCUCAGUCCAGAAUUGACAUUGGACUCAGUGAUGUCGAGCCACAUGGCAAAGCUCGGUGACUCACCAGGUUCCCCCCUCUCGACGGCCUUCGAUAUUACCAUAAGAUCAGCACGUCUUCAGGUACUAGAACACAUAUCCUGCCCAACUUCCUCCAAGGAAGCAUCAGCUCAAAGAGACUCCAUGGUUACAAUCAAUUGCUUGGCUUCCGGAUGCCACCUCGCCAUGUCCCAAGGGACUCAGAAAUUGGCUUGCCAUCUAGAAAUAUCCGAAACGUCUGUGGGAGUAAUGGAUAACUCCAGAGUUGCUCUGGGUUCCAAUUUCUUGCCUGGAAGUAGCCCAAUAUUAUCACUUCGUCGCCUCCAACUAGAUGCCACGCAGAAUCAUGCUAGCAUGUCUGUUGGCCGCUUUGCAUUGGAGCUUCAGCCCACCAGCCUCGAGUACGCUGUCGCCACGUUUCGGAUGCUGGAACAGGAUUUGCGAGACCUCUUGCUCGACCCCUCUGUGCAGUUUGACUCAACUACUCGUUUUGCUGAGAUUGUCUACUAUACUCUGGAUCUCACUCAGAAUAGGGCAGCUGUCGAUCCACUUUCGAUUAUCCAACCUUCUUUCCUCGUCCAACGGGGUCACCCUCAAGCUCUCCGGACACAUCCUACCUAUAAGUUUCUAUUCCAUCUACGAACUGCUCUCCAGUUUGCCCGCCUUCAAGGAGAUAUUGGCACAAAUAGCACGGGCCAAUCCAUUGCAGUACAUGACGUGAAGGCUUUGGUAAAUUCGUGUCUCGCAGAACUCAUGGUGGACCUGGACUCCUCCAAGGAAGGUAUACCUAGUCCGUCGGAAAUGAUUUAUCCUCCUACCUCUUCGAAGUCCAUGAAUGGCGCGCGAAUUAUCAUUGACUCCCUCGACUUCACUGCCGACCUUGUUAGCAUCAUCAUCGCAGAUGAGUUGCCAGCAUCUACCAGUCGUCUAGACAUCAGCUCUUGUGCUCUACGGUUUCGCUCUUCAAAGCUGGUCCCUUUGGAAGGAGUCCAAUUACAGUCACAGAACCCUUCCCUGACAAACCAUGAUAUCGCUGCCAUCCCGCAGACUGCAUGCACUCUCGCUGUCAGUGACGUUAAUGUCAUUGUUUCCCCUCACCUGAUGGUCUUCGCACAAUCUGUACUUCGCCUACGGAGGAUAUCAAGUAAAUGGAAGCCAGUCUCCGGCCAAGCACUUUCAAACUCUGGGCCGUCUCACCUCAUUUUCACGGUCGCCCUUCGCCGCGCUAACAUUCGUGCUGCAGCUGAAAAACUUGCAUUCGAGAUCGGGGCCACGAAUACGGACAUUUUUUUCACAUCACUCAAACGAGUCGAUCCGUUGAUGUACAAUGAGGUCCACUCUGUCGGUUACACCGCUAGCUUCAGCAACGCUUUCAUACGCGCGAGGGCUACCGGCAUUGUCCCAGGAAUUUGGGUCCGGGAUCAGGAUGUUCUUGCUUCCUUGACCUUUUCCUCUGGCAAGCUCAACCUGCUUUGGCGCCAGGAAUCAUCAACGAAUACUAUCCGUCUCGCAUUCCUCUUACACAGUACUGCUAUUUCCGUGCCUCGUAGCGCCCUUCGUCUUUACCGUUUCAUGGAAGAGUGGCAAGCAGACUUCUUUCCAGGCAUUGAAGCCGCCACACGAGCCUUUCUAGCAGAGUUGAAGGAAGGAAGGGGAAAUGAUGCACAAACAGCACCGACUCGCCCUCGUGCUGCCAAGAGGAACGCACUAGUGGCCCAUGUUACGGGGCGUAUCUCGGAACUUGGCGUGUUCCUUCAGGUCAUGCGAGGAACGUGGUUAUCAUGGAACAUACACGAUUUGACUAUAUCCCUUUCCUCGCCAAGUGGACCAGGACAUAAGCAGUCCACGUCCUUUGGCAUCCAAUUUGGCUCGCAAACGUUGGGCGUCUCAUACAAACAACAGUCCACUGAAGAUUAUACGGAUACGCCACACAUCAAAGUCAGGCUCCCUUCGCUCUCAUUGACAGGACGCCAAGGCCGUGCUUUUGUCAAAAUUCUUGCUUCUGUGGACUUCUUUGACGUUUUAAUCAAGCCCUCACAUUGGGAUACACUUCUCGUCGUCCAACAGAAGUUUGGCCAAGAUUUUGCUGACUUGAUGGACCUGAUACACCAAACUCGCCAACGAAGGUCUAAUCCGUCUGAAUCAAUGUCAAAUGCAUCGCGAUCCUCUUUAUCAUUCAGUGGGCAUGUCGACGUGAAGGGAUUUCGACUUGGGCUUGAAGGUCGUUCCUCCACCUCCUAUCUAGAAUGCGAAGAUGUUGGUGGAGACAUAUCCAGCAGCGAUUUAGGUAUUGCAUGGCGAAUCAGGCUGCGUGACUUGGCAUUGUCGCUUGCGCCCAGAGCAGGCAUUGUGUCACGAGAAACCACCUUCAAUCGAAAUCAUCGAUCUGCGUUUCUCAUCGUGGAUCUUCGUGCUAGGGGAGAUGUCCACAGAUUGGAAUUCCGCAUCCCAAAGAUCCAUGCUGUGAUGCAACCCAGUUCUAUAGGAGAGAUUGGUGAUUUCUUAGACCAUCAACAAGCUGAAUUGCUUAUUCGGAGGGAUCAGCGAGCUGCGGAGUUAGCAGCGUUCAAGGAAAAGACCCGCAGUAUUUUGAAAACGUUCGAUAUGAGAACGAACGAGGCUACUCGCGACCAAAAACCCCCUUGGCUUAGCGAACAUACCAUAGAUGUAGUCAUUCAGAAGAUUGGAGUGGCCUUCCCCCUCAGUCUUGAACAAACGCUGGAGCUUCCUGGGACGAAAUCCCGUAAUGGUCCUUCAGUCAGGGCUUUCCUGUUCACUGUUCGACGCAUCAAGUUUAGCGCUCAGAGAGGAGAAGCGGGCGAGAUGUCAACUAAAGACUUAUCCUUCCUAUUUGUGCCCAGUUUCAGGCAAUGUUCGUCCGAAGACUUUGCAGCAGACAAGCAUAGAAGCCGAAACCGACUGGUGUACCCCUACAUGACUGCGCGGCUACGAUCCGAUACUUCUUUGCUCAGUCGCCAUAUCUGGUUUUUUGGAAACGUCAGUGGGUUCAUUCUGGACUUGGACUCAAACAUCCCUGAUUACAUAUUCUCGCUCAUUGACGUGUACCGUCAAGGAAGAGAACGAAUGAUCCGCAUUGCUGCAAGCCUCCCCCGGGCUACUACAUCGAAUACUGACCUUGGGAGGGACGAUGUCUCACCGCGAGGCGGACAGCAAGAUGUUCCGGCGUCGAGUAUCUUUGCAAAUAUGGUCUUCCAGAGCGGAGAAGUGCACGUUCAUAGCGAUUCAAAAAGUACACAGGCCUCGCCUCUGGGUACUCACCAAUUGUUGGAUGGACAGCUGCGCCCAGAGCAGGAGACACUGAGGCUUCCUAUAGUCUCUGCUUUGGUUGAAUAUCGUGCUUCAGGUAUACGAGCCGGUCCAGCAGCCCUGAUAUUCAAAACCACUAUUCAUUCCAGCCAAAACACUUUGAGACCGAGUCUUCUGCCUUUCAUGACCGAGAUCAUCGAUUACGUGCAGAUGCGCUUGCGCAAGACUAGCCGAGGAAACACGCUACUCAUUGCGCCAUCUCCUACAGAAGACGAACCACCCCCGCUGCUGACCUCGAGCCGCCUGGAGAAUUUAUCCGAGGCAUCAUCGAGUUUGCAAAUCACCUUCAGUCUCCGCAUAGACAAGUCGACACUCGAAUUAACUUGUCAGCCGGAUGUCAAUGUAGCGGCUGCUUUACGCUGGGAAAGUGGCGGUUUCCUUAUGAACAUCUCGCCGGGUGCUCACAAAGUGACAUUGACGGGCACUGUGGGCGGUCUCACAAUUGGCCUCAAGCACGGGUUUUUGAGCGACGACUGCGUCAAUAUUGCAGCUCGCAAUCUCGCAUUUUUCCUUGCUUUUUCCAAGAACGAGGACCAUUCUGGAAAUAUCGACAACAUGAUUUCCUUGGUGGUAGAUACAGAUAUUACUGGUGGUGUGCGUUUCUCCCGCCUGCAAGACGUUUUAUGUUUCAAGGCGGUUUGGCUCGAUCGUAUCCCUUUGUUCGUCGCAGAGCAUGCAAACUCUGAUAGAUCACGUCCGCCGACAGCCUCUUCCUCCUCGGUCACCACUCCUGUUGUGAAACAAGAGGUCACUACUGCGCUCAUAAUUCGCAUUCGCCAAAUCCGCUUGGAGGUAGAUUUAGGACAGUCCAUUAGCAGUGUGACUCUGAAUCUCCAGAGUACAAUUACGCGAAUGCGUUUAUCUGAAAUGUCAACUGAGGUGUCGCUCUCAGUGGCAAACGUCUCCAUCUUUGCUAGGGGAAACGUCGCGGGUCACAUAAAUGUACCGGACUGUGUCUUUCAGACAAUCCGCAGGAACGAAGGCGCCUUGUCCGAUGAUUCGCGCACAGUUAGGAUGCUCGAGCUCAGCAUGACUAGUGGUCCUUUAAGUGCCGAGCUCGAGUCAGAUCAUCAACGGCUGUUGAUUUACAGGGCUGAUCCUGUGCAAGUGGAUAUCCACGAUGAUUGGUCACUUGUUUCCUCCGCAGAUAGAGGACAAGACCGGCCUUUGCUGCUUACAUUCACGGUCAAUGGCGAGGAAAUCAUUGCUCUUGCUACCAUCGCAACUAUACCGAAGUUGUUGAUGUAUACCAACAAAUUCCAGGCCAAUAUUACCGCGCAGCGUGAGGGCGCAAGUCACGAAUCAGCCGCAUUCCGUGCUACACAAUCGCCCAAGCCUGACAAUCCACUCACCGAAGUCGCUUCGGCAUUCUUUUAUUCUGCUCGUAACCGGUUCAAGGAAGCAGACGCGGAGCUGUCCCACAGAAUUCGCCAGCAGUUGAGCUUCCGCUUACAGACUCUUCGGCUUAUCCUCUUCCCUCGUACCAUGGGUGACACCGAGCUUGCGCAGUUCAUUGGACGUGAUGUUCAUGCGAGCCUGGAGCGUGUGGUGAUAGGCGAAAGCCCGCCUCAUAGGGAGAUCCGUUUAUCGUUCACGGCCUUGACUAUUUCCAAGUUCAGCCAGCCUCAGCCACUUCUCCCGUCAACUAUAGUAGUGUCUGACGACAAAGCUUGGGUGGAUCAAUUGUUCAAACAUCCAACAGAAGCAAACAUCGUUGGUCUGCCCACGAUGAACAUGCUAAUGCUCACCGACGAGGUGGUCGAAGAACCCGCCAAGUACAUCGACUACAAGUUCUACAGCUCAUUCGUGCGAGGCAAGGGUACCAAGGAGCACGAGGACAUCUACAUCUCGCUCAACGUAGCGCUGUAUUCAUGGCUCACUGGUCUUCGCAAGAAUUUGACCAGGGAACUGGAACAAGUUCAGGGACCCCAAGACUCACGCAAUGCGACAGCAGGUCCAUCAUCUCGCAAAAGGGCAGGGGCUACAGAACCAGCUCCGGGCAUGGACAUUGCUCAGAUGGAUGCAUCAAGUCCAAAUAGCUCCACAUCUAGCCCAUUAUUGCCCGAAAAAGCCCUGUCACUGGGUCUCAGAUCAACUGUCACAGUUUCGCCUCAGCUGCCCUCAGAACUCUUCGUACACCCGCCACUGCCAACUUCCCAAGCCCGUUCCUUAGCAGAUCUACUCGAUCCUUCUGUACAGCUUCCACCCCCUAUCGCCACGAAAACUGCAGCCGUUGUAUACAGGGCUCGUGAUCGCGUGAUAGAGCGACUGACCAUGCGACAACUUGGCGAAGCGACUCCGGAUGUUAUGCACCCAUUCUUCAUGAAGACAGCUGGUUUCAACCUCGAGGAUUCUCUUCCGCAAUACGUUCAUGAAUAUGCCACGAUUCCUCUGGAGGAAAUCAUGGAGGCCCUGCUCAAGUUAUAUUCAAAACAACUAAAAACCGAUAAAGGGAUUGGUCAAGAUUAA